AACGGCGCCGUCAGAUUUCCCGUUUCUAGAUUCCCGUCACUGUUAACAGGGACUGGGCCACCACCACGAUGCAAAACACACUCACACACUACCCUUGCCAGCACCACUAAGAAAAAGUAAAUUACCCAAUCCCAACCGUUAAACCCCCCUUUCGUCAUUAUCACAGUUUUCGUCUUCUCCGUACUACACGCGCGAACCAGCCUACGUUCACGCCACACCUCCCUUCCUUCCUUUCCAAUCCGCCCCUAAUUUCGCUCACUUUCAUCAGCAAAAACCAAAACCUGAAAAAGGAAGAGUGUGUGGAAAUUGGCAUCGCUCGCAAGAGCAACAACUAGUAGUACCUAAAGAGACAGAGAGUGUGCACAUCUAUGUCAUCUCAGGUCGGUGUCAGGACACGAGCCCGAGCCGCAUUAGCCAUGGAAGCUGCUACUGCCAGUUCAGCUCAACCCUCUUCGAAGAGAAAGAAGAUCUACGACACUAACCAUGUGGCAAAACUCUCCAAAACUCCGAGAACAAGUUCUUCCUCCUUCUUCAUACCUGCGACGGUGACGGAGAUUGUUCAGGAACGCUGCCUCAGCCCUACCUCCAGUGAAAUUCCGGCUUCUUGCUGCUCCAGCAACGGAUCCAUUGGCCUCGAUGAGGAUAGGAUCAAGCUCUUAGAUCUGGAGGUGGAGAGCGCGCAAGUUGAAACGUCGACGUGCAAUGGUGGUCAAGAAAUUGAGAGGAGAGAGAUGAAAAGUUCCAGCGAGCUUCGAGAGAAUUCACAGGAGCCGGAGCCAAUGGAGAUCAAUUCUCACCGUGCCUUAUCAAAGGCAAAAGCCAUGCCUACCGAGUUGGAGCUCGAGGAAUUCUUCGUUGCUGCGGAGAAGGACAUUCAGAAACGAUUUCAAGACAAGUACAAUUAUGAUAUUGUUAAGGACGUACCACUGGAAGGACGCUACGAGUGGGUUCAGUUGAAGCCAUGAACGUGUGCGUCUCGCCACCGAAGAAGAAAAACUCCGAUCAAUUUGAACAUGUCAUUUUGGUCUAUUUAUAUAUUGUUAAUUAAGUCUAGUCUAGGUCUUUGAUUUCAAUCUUAAUUAUCUUUUUAAUUUUACACCAGCCAAGACUCUUUUAUAUUCUGGUUGCAGCUUUUUUUAUAUUUCGGUGUGAUUAUAGGUUAAGGGUAAACAGGAAUUCAGCUUCGUUUGUUCUCUGUACGGAGAAGCAGCUUAAAGCUAGCUUGUGCAGAAAAAUACUGUAAAUUUCCCUUGGUGAAGAAGAACAAACGCUUCCAUUUUACAGACUUCAA